ACGAAGGGUACCUCGUCGUUUGGUAAGCGACGAAAUAAGACACAUACCCUGUGUCGUCGAUGUGGGUCCAAGGCAUACCAUCUGCAAAAGUCGACCUGUGGGAAAUGUGGUUACCCUGCUAAGCGUAAGAGAAAGUAUAACUGGAGUGCAAAGGCCAAAAGACGCAACACCACUGGUACUGGUCGCAUGAGGCACCUGAAAAAGGUCUACCGUCGGUUCAGGAAUGGAUUCCGUGAGGGAACCACACCGAAGCCCAAGAGAGCAGCUGUUGCAGCCUCCAGUUCAUCUUAAAGACUCAUCUAUUUGUUAAAAUAAAUGGUCUUAACCAGAAAAUCU